UUCCUCCUCCACACCUGCUCCUCUUCACCCCUGGAACCAGAACCACCAGAACCAGAACCAGUUUUCCCCCAUCUGACCAGCUGCGUCUCCUCCAGCCUGGAGACCUUCCACUGCCGAUGGACCGCCGGGACUUUCCAGAACCUCUCGGCACCGGGACAGCUGCGCUUGUUCUACUUUAACAGAAUAACUCACACCUCCUCCCAGAAGAACUGGAGCGAAUGCCCCCACUACAGCACAGAGAGACCAAACGAGUGCUUCUUCAGUGAGAACUACACAUCCGUCUGGACCUUCUACAACCUGCAGCUCCGGUCCCAGGACCAGACGGUCCUCUACGACCAGCUCUCCUUCGUUCUGUCCGACAUCGUGCAACCAGACCCACCUGUGGCUUUAAACUGGACUCUGCUGAACUCCAGUCAGACCAAGACGCACUUCGACGUCAUGUUGAGGUGGAGACCCCCGAGGUCCGCCGACGUGGAGACAGGCUGGAUGGCUCUGCAGUACGAGGUCCAGUACCGCAGCGAGGACUCUGACCAGUGGGAAACAAUGGACCUGGUGAAGAGCACUCAGCGCUCUCUGUUCGGCCUCCAGAACAACCUGAACUAUCAGGUCCGGGUUCGGUGUAAAAUGCUCGGAGGGAAAUUGUUUGGAGAGUUCAGCGACUCGGUGUUCAUUCACGUCCCGUCUAAAGCAGUGUCCAGAUUUCCGCUGGCGGCUCUGCUGAUCUUCGGAGCGUUUUGCUUGGUGGCCGUCCUGAUGUUGGUCAUCAUCACACAGCAGCAGAAGUUGAUGUUUAUUCUUCUGCCUCCGGUUCCCGGACCCAAAAUACGAGGAAUCGACUCGGAUCUGCUGAAGAGAGGGAAGCUCCGGGAGCUGACCUCCAUCCUGGGGGGUCCGGCGGACCUGAGACCGGAGCUGUACAGCAGCGACCCCUGGGUGGAGUUCAUCGACCUGGACCUGGAGGAGCGCAGCGACAAACUGACGGACCUGGACACGGACUGCCUGGUGGGCCGCUCCGGCUCCUCUGCGCUCUCAGGAGGCUUCAGAGACGACGACUCGGGUCGGUCCAGCUGCUGCGAACCGGAGCUUCUCUGCGAGUCCAGUCCGUCCCCGGUCCAUCCUCUGAACCCGGACCAGAUCUUCAGUAAGGAGGCGCCGCUCCAGAGAGCCUCUGGUUCCGGUCCUGGGAUCCAGGGCUGCACCACCGGGGAGCCUUCGCUUGCAGCCCUGAGCCGAGAGGUUCUGUACACCCUGGUCAGCGAGGUCAGGUCCGGUACCGUCCUGCUGUCCCCCGAGGACACAGACAACGACAUGUCCAAACAAGCUCAGCUGCACAGAGACUACACCCCUGAGCGCAGCGCCGGGAAAACCAGCUCCGAAUCCUGCAGAGGAACCCUGAGCGGACCCCUUCGACCCGGAGCGGACCCCGGUCCAGUUCUGUCCCCUCAGCAGGAACUCCACCCGUCCUCAGCUCCUGUCUACACCGUGGUGGACAGCGUGGACAAACAGAACAGCCUCGUCCUCACAUCCAACCCUGCACCGCCCCCCCGCCUCACCCUCCCAAAACCUGUACCGACACCAGACGGGUACCUGACCCCGGACCUGCUGGGCAGCGUCACACCCUAAAGACCCUAAACCUGAGACCCUAAACCUGCACCGGACUCUGAGACCCUAAACCUGCACCGGACUCUGAGACCCUAAACCUGAGACCCUAAACCUGCACCAGACUCUGAGACCCUAAAACCUGCACCGGACUCUGAGACCCUAAACCUGCAUCAGACUCUGAGACCCUAAACCUGCACCGGACUCUGAGACCCUAAACCUGAGACCCUAAACCUGCACCAGACUCUGAGACCUUAAACCUGCACCGGACUCUGAGACCCUAAACCUGCACCAGACUCUGAGACCCUAAACCUGCACCGGACUCUGAGACCCUAAACCUGCACCUGAGACCAGUUCCUAAAGACUUAAAGGAGUCCUCCUACGACUCGGCCGACUUGGUUGAAAGUUCUGGCGCUUGCCCUACAGCUGAGCUGAAGAACUCAGAAACAGCCAAAGCUAAAAGCAUCUGAAGCUAAAAUGAGCUGAAUCUUAAAGCAGCCGAAGCUAAAAUGAGCUUAAGCUAAAACUAGCCGAAGCUAAAAGGAGCUGAAUCUUGAACCAGCCAAAGCUAAAAGCAGAUGUAGCUAUAAGCAGAUGUAGCUAUAAGCAGCCGAAGCUAAAAGCAGCUGAAGCUAAWAGCAGAUGUAGCUAUAAGCAGCCGAAGCUAUAAGCAGCUGAAGCUAAAAGCAGCUGAAGCUAAAAGCAGCUGAAGCCAGUUCUUGGUGUAGAUGCUGACUCCUUGGAGGCGUGGUCUUCUCUGCUUUAAUGUUUAGAGGAGAAACUUCAGCUGAUCUUAUCUGGUUUGCAGAAUGAAAGGAUUAAAAACGAGCCGACCCACGUGCUCCGUCGACACGUUUGAUGUUGGAAACAGACGAAUCGAUUUGAUUUCCUUUGAUCUUUGGUUUCUGGUCAAAUCUGGUGUCAGACCUCCUGGUUUCUUCAUGUCUUCUCCGUGGAGACGUCCUCAGAACCUUUUCACCGGACGGACUUCCUUCGUCUGCACCUGGUUAAUUUUUCGAGUCGUCUGGUUGCAGGUAGAUCCCACAGCCGAAGCAGCUCAGCGUUCCAACAGAGGCAGGUUUGUAGACGUUCAGCUGAGACCUGGUGGUAGUAGCUGAGAGUUGUCCUCAACACAACAGCUCAGAUAAAACCUUCGUUUCAAACUUCAUCUUCAGUAUUAAUACAGAUUUUAUUCAUUAAACUUUGAGUUAAGUUGUGUUUAAUGACACGGCCAAAACAUUUAAAAUAUGUUUUAAAGGGAAAAUAUGAAAUGUAGCAAAAACCAAACGUUUCAGCUUUAUUUUGUAAUUUUUUUAUUUAGUUUUAGGUCAACAGCUGCUCAUGAAACAGUUACAGUUAUCGAUAAACAUUUUAUAAUAAAGUGUUGAUAAAAUGC